AUGGACCUUGCUACACCCCCAUUGCUCAACGGCCGCCAACAGGGCCAACUAACGACACAGCUGUCUAAUCCGAGUCAAUCUAGCAACGUCGUGACCAUCCCCGAUCCGGAUCCACAUAGGAAUGCCAUCGGGCUCGCCAUUGUGAAGUUGGAAGAUAUCUUGAUAUCUGCCCGAGAAUCACUGCUACAGUCUCGGGAAAUAUCUAUCCCCUUCAGGACCCGACCUUCCAGAAACCGAUCAGUGGACAAUCAUGUCUCAUCUCGGACGACACGAUUAGCAGUUCGCUUUCCGGGCCGCACAGUGGAGGAAGCAACCAAGUUCACACGUAUCAUGCGCAUCAUGCAACUGUCCCUGAGCGCCCUGACGGAAGGCCGGCUGAUAACCAAGAGGAACAUCUACUACCAGGACACCGGUUUAUUCAAAAGCCAGUCCAUCGUCGACAACCUCGUUGAUGACCUUGCCUUUACACUUGGCCUUGGGAGGGAGGAUCUCGGCAUAGAGACUUCAGCCUUUGGCAUAGGCAUUCUGGUCACAGGCAAAGGUUACCCAGAUUUGAACACCAAACAGUUCGUACAUCUCCUCCACACAGCCAAGCCUGAGCUUCCCAUCUUCGCUCUUGUGGACUUCGACUGCUAUGGCAUCGCCAUCAUGCGCUGCUAUAGCCACGGCACAAAGGGGCAUGCACACGAAAAGGCAACGACUGUGCCUAACAUGCAGUGGCUCGGCGUAAAAAGCGACGAUCUCGCUUUCCGUCAGGAUGCAACCCCUAGCUACGGGCCUGAUAUCAACAGCAGCGAAAGGCGGCCCGGUGCGAGCACGUUCGAGUCCUCCAGCACUCUUACUUUACGAGACAGAACGCGCGCUAUCAACAUGAUCAAAGAAAUCGAAGAGGACGGCACCGAAAAUGAUCGAGAUUGCCGACGAGAACUACAGGUGAUGCUGUUUCUCGGCAUCAAGGCAGAGAUCCAAGCUGUGGACACUACAGGAGACAUGUCGAGAUGGCUCGAUGAGCACCUGAAAACUUUCUGA